AUGUACGGCAAUCAUACUUCUCGUCACGUGAUCUUAGGGCUAUAACUUAUAUCAAUAAAAAGUAGUGUGCGAAAUAUGACAGUGUCAAUUGGUAGCACGCUAUUCUCGUCUUAACUACGGUACCAUAGUUAACGAUAUUUUGUGCGCAUUGCCAAAUUUGAUAGUACUGAAAAUUUUUUUAAUUUUAACUUGUUUAGAAGAAUUUUUCAUUUUCUUUAUAUCAAUAUAGACAAUUAAAGAGUAUGUUCAAUACUAUAUUUAUAUGACAAUGAUGUAUCAAUAACUCAAGCAAGUACAUAUAUGAAUAACAAAAGGAGAAACAAAAACCAUUAUUAAUGGAUUUGCACUGAAUCAUAACUAGUGAGUGGGCAUUGUGGGCAUAUAUAUUCAAAUUACGAGACAGGUCAUCUUCAAAUUUAUCAAGCAACAAGAGAUUCAAAUAAUUUUAUUGUCAUAUCAGUUUACAAAAUCAUUUAUACUAACAAAUUCUAGUGGCUAAUUCAGUUUCACACCCAAAAAUUGUUAAAAAAUAUACCAAAAGAUUUAAAAGACAUCAUUCAGAUAGAUACGACAGAGUAGCUGAAAACUGGAGAAAACAAAAAGGUAUUGAUUCAUGUGUUAGAAGAAGAUUCAGAGGUACCAUUCCACAACCAAACAUUGGUUAUGGUUCAAAUAAAAAAACCAAAUACAUGACUCCAUCAGGUCAUAAAGUUUUAUUAGUUAAAAACUUAAAAGAUUUAGAUGUUUUAUUAUUACAUACUAAAACUUUUGCUGCUGAAAUCUCAUCAGGUGUUUCAGCUAAAAACAGAAUAGAAAUUGUUCAAAAAGCUAAAAAAUAUGGUGUUAAAGUUACAAAUCCAAAAGCUAAAUUGUCAUUACAAGGUUAA